ACUGUCGAAUUUGGCGAAAUUGGCUGCCGUCAAGUACCCACAACCUCCGGUACAAAAGGAGAUCACCGUCCCAACUCCCUGGGCCUGCGGGAAAAGCCGAUCCAUCACUGGCUGCUGGUCAUCCGUCCGAAUGCAAAGCACUGCGUCAUGAGAGCAACGGCUUGAGCUUACUGUGCAGCGACCUCCCCGCCUCGAUCCCUCCGUCCCGUGCGAAAGCGGCGUCCAUUUCGCGCCACCGCCGAGUCUGCAACUUGUUGCAGGCAGGCCAAUGAUGCAGAUUGGCCCCGUUUCCGCUGCUGUCGGGUUAGCUCGCUCGACCGUUGUCCGACGCUCGGCCUGCCAUAGCUGCCGACACAUCUCGACCUCUCCGAGGACUGCCUCUCGACGAGCGCAGUCAGCCCAGCGAAUCCCCGGCCGCCGCCCUUUUUCGCAGCAGUCCCACAGGCCAACGGCCGACUCCAAGGUGCACGGCUCCAGGAUCCGGUGGUAUCCCAUCCCCGUCGGUCUCGGCGUUGGGUUUCUGGGAUUAGUGCAAUUCUAUAAGGUCUAUACUAGGGAGCAGGAAAAGCAGCUCGAAAAUGGCGAGCCAGCCCAGCGCCCGAAGAAGAGACGACGGGUCCGCCCAGAUGGCCCUUGGCAGGUGCAAAUCAUGUCGACAUUGCCCCUGAAGGCCAUGUCGCGUCUAUGGGGCAGGUUCAACGAGCUCACCCUCCCGACCUUUCUCCGCGUUCCCGGCUUCAGACUGUAUUCUUUCAUCUUCGGCGUCAACCUGGAUGAGAUUGAGGAAACCGACCUUCGCAAGUUCCCGAACCUGGCUGCCUUCUUCUACCGCACGCUGAAGCCCGGGGCCCGGCCUCUCGAUCCCAACCCUAAUGCCCUCCUCUCGCCCGCCGAUGGACGCCUCCUGCAGUUUGGCCAGAUCCAAGGCGGUGACAUCGAGCAGGUGAAGGGUAUGACCUACACUAUCGACGCGCUCCUCGGCCAAAACAGCCCAACCCCGAGCAUCUCUGGCCAAACGCCUCUCGACAAGCCCUCCAAGCCCUCCAAGCACGAACUUGAAGGAGACGAAGAACUCAUCCAAAGGGACGAGGAGUUUGCGCGCGUGAACGGCAUCUCUUACACCCUCCCGGACCUCUUCUCUGGCUCGGAGAAGAAGCACAAGAGCAGUCUCGACCACCCCAAGGACGAGUCCGUCACGCCCUCGCCGACCUCCGUCUCCGAGGUCCGCGCGGAGCUGGCGCUUGGCGAGAAGUCCUGGCUCGACUACCUCACCCCCGGCAGCCGGCAUGUGCUCUACUACGCCGUCAUCUACCUCGCCCCCGGCGACUACCACCGCUUCCACUCGCCCACCAACUGGGUGGUCGAGCGCCGCCGCCACUUCGCCGGCGAGCUGUACAGCGUGUCCCCGUACCUGCAGCGCACCAUGCCCGGGCUGUUCACACUCAACGAGCGCGUCGUGCUGCUGGGCCGCUGGCGCUGGGGCUUCUUCAGCUACGUGCCCGUCGGCGCGACCAACGUCGGCUCCAUCAAGGUCAACUUUGACCGCGAGCUACGCACAAACAGCCUGACCACCGACACCGAGGCCGACAGGGCCGCCGAGGAGGCGGCGAGCCGCGGCGAGCCGUACCUAGGCUAUGCGGAAGCCACCUACGAGGCCGCCAGCCCCGUGUUGAGGGGUUACGCGCUGAGGCGGGGCGAGGAGAUGGGCGGCUUCCAGUUGGGAAGCACGAUCGUGCUCGUGUUUGAGGCGCCAGCGGCGGAGCACGACGAGAACGGGCGCCAUAUCGGCGGGUGGCAAUGGGCCGUGGAGAAGGGACAGAGAGUCAAGGUCGGGCAGGCGUUGGGGUACGUGGAUGCCUAACUCCCCGGCAACUGGUUUGCUGCGAAACCGUGCAUAGCGAGAAUUAUAAAAAGGUGUAUCCUGGGUAAUCUUGUAAUUGGCAGAUCAAAUUCAAAUAGACUUGUUUGUGUUUGUAGCUAGAGUAACUGCCCACCCGAGGGGAUCGUCGCGACA